GCCUUUCAUUAAACCCGUCAACGGACCCGUUGUGUCUUGACCAAAGCUCGUCGUCUAUAGCCCCGUCUAAUUCAUUACAUUCUCGCCAUUCGUCGACUACAACAACAUCGACUCCGAGUGAGACGAAGAAUACAUCCUUUGGACAGGAGCAUCGUUUGACCCUCAUUCCAGCAGAGUCGCGUCUAUACAAGCCUGCGCCAUGACACCGUCACCCGAGGCUCCCGUCAAGAAGCCACCGCGGACGAGAGAAAGAAAACCCCGGGGUCGAGGGCUGCGAACUCGCACUGGCUGCAUCACCUGUCGCAAGCGACAUCUUAAAUGUAACGAGGAGAAACCAAUUUGUGGUCCUUGUGUACGGAGCAACCAAACUUGUCUAUACGCAGAUCCCACCGCUCCAAAACCCUCACCAUCAAUCUCAUCAUCUACCUCCAAUGUCACUUCACGACUCAAUUCGGUCGUGGAGGUGCUUCCUUCUUCUGUCAAACCCCAAUCUCCUACUUCAUCCUCCAGGAGGGGAUCUGCUGCAUCAUUUGACCUAGCACUACGGCCUCAAUGGGGCUUGCUAAGGUCAUGGAACGACGACCCUUUCAACAGCCUCGCCCGCACAACCAGUUGGGAAAAGCCCGGCAGCCACCCUCCAGCCCCCUCUGCCCCCUCACAUCCUCUAACGAUCCAGCCCAAGGUCGAAACCGAUGCUUAUGGCCAGUCGAUGAACUUUGUCCCAUGGGUGACUGCCCCCGGACCCUCAGCUCUCUCCUCCCCGCUCCAAUACAAUGCCUUGAUGCCCCACCAACAGCCUAUGCACAACAUCGUGGCCGCAAACACCGCCUAUUCGGACACAAGCUCAGAUGAUCUCCCCAUCACCACUCGCCUUCCAGAUUCUGGUCCAGCACGAGAAGCCGUUAUUGCCAAAUGGUUUGGCAUCCCAAAGCCCGAGCACGAAUCUGAACUUGCCACUUCACCUUUGUCCCACGCUGAUCGACCGUCGCUGCCCGACGCCUUGCACCCUCACCUUCAAGCUGGUGCAGGAAGUGGCACGGCGUACACUGUCUUCCAUCCAGCUGACGCGGGCCUGACAAACACCAGUCAUCAGUCUGCCAGAGCGUCGGGAAAAUCCACCGCUCCGCCCUGGAGAUCAGUUGAGCCUUUGAAGCUCAAACGCCACGAGGUGGACUUGUUCAACUAUUUUGUCAAACACUUUACCUCUCGUCUUGAUCUUUUCAAUCCUCAACACGUGUUUUCCAAUCAGGUGCCCCAUCUAGCCAUGCAUAAUGUGGGAAUACUCAACGCCAUCAUGGCCAUUUCGCUCUGCCACAAGUCCGGCAGCUUGAGUAAAACUUCCAGCGAGCAGCGGACCCCCAAAGAAGCUUACCAUUAUUAUCAUGAGACUCUUCAGUAUUUGCAGACCGCCAUGCAGUAUGAAUCUUACCACAGUUCCGACGAGGUUUAUGCCACUUGCUUGAUCAUUGCCUCAUAUGAGAUGCUCAAUGGAUCCCGUCUGGACUGGGAUCGGCACUUACAAGGGUUCAAAUACCUGCAAGAGUCGCAGGGCAUCAAUGGAGAGUCGACCGGCCUUAAGCAGGCCGUCUGGUGGAUAUGGCUCCGUCAAGACAUGUGGGCUGCGCUGAGAGAAAAACGCAAACCUUUUUCAAACUGGCGUCCUACCAAAGGGUUUGACCAGCUCACGCCCCAUGAAAUGGCACAACGUUCGGUUUCUUUGAUGGCGCGGGUGGUGUCGUAUUGUUCCCAGGAAGAGAUUGACAAGGGUCAUUCUGACAUUGUGGCCCGCGCAGCCAAGGGUGACAGCCUCCUGAGAGCCCUCGAUGAUUGGCAUCGCCAUUUGCCCAUCCAGUUUAAUCCUUUGCCGUCAAAUGAAGAACCUGGGAGUGUGUUCCGAAGGAUUUGGUACCACCCUCCCGCAUUUGGUGCGGCAAUGCAAAUUGUCUGUGCCGCACGCAUCUUGUUGUUGCGACAUCGACCUUGCGUGAGUGGCUAUGACGACCUCGUUCAACAGCAGGCCGUCAUUCAACGCUGUGCAGAAACAAUCUGCGGUAUCGGGUCAGUUUUGGUUGAUGAUGACUCUGUUCCCGCCUCGUCACAGUGUCUGUUUAUAGCUGGUCUAUGUAUUCAGGCUCCACGUGAACGUUCUGAGAUUGUUCGGCUGCUUAAACAGCACCGUCAUACUCUUGGCUGGCCGGUCAAACCGUUGUCCGAUGACUUACAGAUGAUCUGGAAUGGGCUGAGCAAGAGCCCCCUACCUUGAAAUCCCUUCUCUUGGUUUUUUUCCCCUUUUGCGCACGGUGUCAUGAACAAUCGGUUAGGAGACAAGUGGAAUGGACCCACUGAACGACAGGUAUGAGGUUUAGCGACAUUGUGUUGUUGGUACACAGGACUCGGGACAAGGACUGCGCUUGGAAACAUGCUUGGAAACAUAGGGUGUAGGUUAUGGGCAAUAGGGGUCGGGUGGUAGUGGCGGUAAUGACACGUGUGAGAUGGCCACACGGUGCUAUAGAAUUGUUGGCGAGUGCUGACGUGUUGG